UUUUUUGAUGAACAGAUGGACCCUAGCUAUGAGGGUGAACUUAUCGAACGUCGGACCAUCUUUGGCCUUACCCUUGAGCAGAGGAGAAAUGAUGCAGCCAUUACACCACAGCUCUUGAAAAAUGUUGUUACCAAGAGGAAGGAUAUGAACCAAGAUUCCAUAAGAGACUUGAUUGUUGCUUCUAUUGCUGUGAAAUACACUCAGUCCAACUCUGUAUGUUAUGCUAAAUCAGGCCAAGUCAUUGGUAUUGGUGCAGGACAACAGUCCCGCAUCCACUGUACAAGACUAGCUGGAGACAAGGCAAACAACUGGUGGAUGCGACAUCACCCUCGAGUGCUGAGUAUGAAAUUCAAGGAAGGAGUGAAGAGAGCUGAGAAAUCAAAUGCCAUUGAUAACUUUGUUGGUGGCACUGUUGGAAAGGAUAUGCCAGAGUCCCAGUUUGCUUCUGUGCUUGAGGAGGUCCCUGCUACACUGACCCAAGAAGAGAGGGAUGCUUGGACACAAAAGCUGACAGGUGUCGCUCUUUCAUCAGAUGCCUUUUUCCCAUUCAGGGAUAAUGUUGACAGAGCAAAGCAGAGUGGUGUUGAGUUCAUUGUGAGCCCAGCUGGAUCAAACAAUGACAACAUUGUCAUUGAGGCAUGUGAUGAACACAGUAUGAUUCUUGUUCACUCCAAUCUCCGCCUUUUCCAUCAUUGAACUGGAAGAUUUUGUCAUCCAGUCAUGCUCUCUCUCCCUAUGGUCAUGUAAUCAUGUAUUUUUUAUACGAAUCCUAAAGAACAAGUAUUACAGAUCUGAAAGAAAA